CGUGUCUUGGCCUGCCACUGCCGCUCAUUUCUUGUAUACAAGCGACUGACACGCAUAUCGGCUGCAAAUGUUCCUGGACCACAAUGGGAAUCUUGGCUCUAUGGAAACUUCUCAAAGGCGAGGCAGCAGAAGUCGACUUCAAAUGGCAAGACCAGUAUAGCGACAUUGUUGAAGUAAACGAUAUUGCUCUGGCUACCUGUCAAGUUGCUAACAGUCACAUCAUCAUGCAGGAAGAUCGUCUCUUGGUUUCUGAUCCUAAAGCACUUCAGUAUAUAUACCAGACUAGCGGUUAUAGGGUUAUCAAACCACCGGGCCUAAGGAAAUUGGAUGAUUAGUUAUUGGGUUAGGAAUUCUUUCUGUUGUAGGCGAGGUCCUCAAGAG